AUGCAAGAUCCAUCGCCCUCGGACAAGAUCAACCCCUCCAUCCAACACAAUUCAAUGUUAUCAGACUCUACCUUAGCCUCUGCUCAAAAUGACUCGGUCAAUGAACGUUCUCCUAAGCGCCAGAGGAUCGAUGAGCCGUCUUCUACUCCAGCCGACUUGAGCAAUGUCGAAGAGAACGUUGGUGCAAUGGAAUCAGACAGCUCGCAAAUCGAUAUUGGUGGUGGUGGUGGUAGCAGCAAUACGAGCGACGUACAACAACAACAACAGCAGCGACCUUCUACAGAAGAAAACCCCACCUUUUGUGAUCAAGACUUUGAUGAUGACGAUGAUGAUGAAUCCGACGAGGAUUGGGCAGAUGGUGCAAACCACGACGAGGACAAUGAUGGCAGCAGCAGCAGUGAUGAAAGUGAAAGCAGCAAUUAUGAACUUAUCACGCCCGCUGGUAUUCCAGAAGAUGAUGAGAAUGAGGAAUUUGAGUACCCAUGGACGAGCUUUACGCAGGAGGAGAGCGAUGCUUUGCAAGAUGAAGUGAAGGAAAUCGGCUUGGUGAAGUUUAUGGAAAAAUAUCUCUUGAAUCAACAAGUACCCCCUCUCAAGCUUAUGGAAGCAUUCAAUGUGGUUAUGCAUCCAGGGGCAGCGUUGGCAUUAAGUGAACUUCAGCAAUGUGCCAUUCUACGCCAAGUGAUCAAUCGUCAUUUACGCAAAAGAAAUCGAUUGGAGCAUGUCAAUACGUUGGAAGAUGUUGUCAGUUUGCUGGCCAAAGCCAACAAUGUCAUGAUUGUUACUGGUGCAGGCGUAUCCGUAUCGUGUGGCAUCCCUGAUUUCCGUUCAGAAACCGGCAUCUAUUCUCGCCUACAAGAAUUCGAGCUUGAUGAUCCCCAACAAAUGUUCGACAUCAAGUAUUUCCGAGAGAACCCACAGAUCUUUUAUUCCUUCGCCAAAGAGUUGUAUCCAAGCAAUUACGAACCCAGCCCAAGUCAUUUGUUCGUAAAGUUGAUGGAAGAGAAGGGCAAGCUUUUGAGGAAUUAUACGCAAAAUAUCGACACCCUCGAGCACAAGGCCAAUAUCAAACGCAUUGUCAAUUGUCAUGGUAGCUUUGCCACAGCCAGCUGUGUGACAUGUGGAUACAAGUGUGAUGGAAAGGAAAUCGAACAAUACAUUUUCCAACAGAAAGUUCCUCCAUGCCCGAAAUGUGCAGUAGAAGAUGCUGACAAUGCUCUGAACAAGCCUCGAAAGGAUGAUGAUGACGAUGAUGAUGAUGAUGGUCGUCCAAAACAUCAAGGCAUAUCGGUGAUGAAACCUGAUAUCACGUUCUUUGGGGAGAGCCUGCCAGCUGAAUUUGACCGAUUAUUGGCCCUCGAUACCGAAGUAGUGGAUUUGUUAAUAGUGAUGGGCUCGUCACUCAAGGUAUCGCCUGUAUCAGAAAUCAUGUCACAAAUUCCACACAGCGUGCCACAAAUCCUCAUCAACCGAACACCCAUCACCCAUAUGACCUUUGAUAUGCAAUUGCUAGGCGACUGCGAUGUCAUUGUGCCCGAACUCUGCCGAAUGCUUGGAUGGGAUUUACGUCAUGAAAAGUUACCAGGAGGCAGUGCCCAAAGUGAUGAGAGUUUGCGUCAAAGCAAAGAGGACGGCGAUGGCGAUUGGGUCGAGAUUGUGGAUCCCGUGACAAAGGAGCUUAAACACAAGGAAAAAAAGAUAUGGCGAUUCCGGCGAGAUGGCCUUUAUACUUUCCCUGGUGCUGUCGUAAGCGAUCGGUACCUCGAGCAAUCUAGCUCGGGAGCACAUGUAUCAUCGUCAUCAUCCGAGAGUGAAGGUGAGUCGGACAAUGACAACAAUCAACCAAGUGAACAACAAGAAGAACAAGUUGCAUCAACCUCUGAAGAAUCGGGACAACCAGAGACAGCAUCCAACCUUAAUGAUAACAACAAUAGCACUAUCUCGUAA